GUCCGUACGUGACAGUGUUGUUCAGUUGCUUUAGUGAAGUAUACACGGGACAGAAUGCGGUUGAUAUGCCUGUGGUGCGCCGCGCUGGCGGCGGUGAUGGCGGUGGCGGCGGCAUCGGCGGCGACGCACGACGACGCGCUGUACUACGCGCCGCAGACCUUCGCGCAGGCUCCGCGGGCGAUGUUCGCGCCGGCCGACUCGCCGGGCGCGUCUUCACAGAGGAACGCUGAAGUUGUGGACCCCUACUACAGAGGCCAGCAGCAGCUGUUCCGGCCGGCGGCGGACGUGGCGGCGCAGGGCACCAUCGCGCCCAGCUCCUGGAAGACCAACUCCGGCUAUGACGACUACAACUACCGAGGCGCCGAGGAGAGGCGGCCGGAGCCGUGGCGGCUGCCGUACGGCAUCAGCAAGGAGCAGCAAGCCGCCAUCCUGCACCACAAGCAGUCGCUCAGCUCAGAGGGCGCGUUCCGGUUCGAGUACGCGUCGGACAACGGGCUGGCGGCGGGCGAGGUGAUCGAGCCGGACGGCUCGCGCGUCGGCGCCUACCAGUACAAGGACCCCAGCGGCCAGCUCGUCAAGCUCAAGUACCGCGCCGGCAAGGAGGGCUUCCAGAUCCUUGAAGGCAGUCACUUGCCGAAGAGCCCCGAGCCCGUGGCGCCGCAACCGCAAAGUAACUACUACACGACGGCGUACGAGCAGCAGCGGCGGCAGUACGAGCUGCAGCAGCAGUACAACCAGCAGCGCGCCGAGCCCAAGCAGUGGCAGCAGGUAACUACUACACGACGGCGUACGAGCAGCAGCGGCGGCACAGCGGCGGCAGUACGAGCUGCAGCAGCAGUACAACCAGCAGCGCGCCGAGCCCAAGCAGUGGCAGCAGGUAACUACUACACGACGGCGUACGAGCAGCAGCGGCGGCAGUACGAGCUGCAGCAGCAGUACAACCAGCAGCGCGCCGAGCCCAAGCAGUGGCAGCAGGUAACUACUACACGACGGCGUACGAGCAGCAGCGGCGGCACAGCGGCGGCAGUACGAGCUGCAGCAGCAGUACAACCAGCAGCGCGCCGAGCCCAAGCAGUGGCAGCAGGUAACUACUACACGACGGCGUACGAGCAGCAGCGGCGGCAGUACGAGCUGCAGCAGCAGUACAACCAGCAGCGCGCCGAGCCCAAGCAGUGGCAGCAGGUAACUACUACACGACGGCGUACGAGCAGCAGCGGCGGCACAGCGGCGGCAGUACGAGCUGCAGCAGCAGUACAACCAGCAGCGCGCCGAGCCCAAGCAGUGGCAGCAGGUAACUACUACACGACGGCGUACGAGCAGCAGCGGCGGCAGUACGAGCUGCAGCAGCAGUACAACCAGCAGCGCGCCGAGCCCAAGCAGUGGCAGCAGGUAACUACUACACGACGGCGUACGAGCAGCAGCGGCGGCACAGCGGCGGCAGUACGAGCUGCAGCAGCAGUACAACCAGCAGCGCGCCGAGCCCAAGCAGUGGCAGCAGGUAACUACUACACGACGGCGUACGAGCAGCAGCGGCGGCAGUACGAGCUGCAGCAGCAGUACAACCAGCAGCGCGCCGAGCCCAAGCAGUGGCAGCAGGUAACUACUACACGACGGCGUACGAGCAGCAGCGGCGGCACAGCGGCGGCAGUACGAGCUGCAGCAGCAGUACAACCAGCAGCGCGCCGAGCCCAAGCAGUGGCAGCAGGUAACUACUACACGACGGCGUACGAGCAGCAGCGGCGGCAGUACGAGCUGCAGCAGCAGUACAACCAGCAGCGCGCCGAGCCCAAGCAGUGGCAGCAGGUAACUACUACACGACGGCGUACGAGCAGCAGCGGCGGCACAGCGGCGGCAGUACGAGCUGCAGCAGCAGUACAACCAGCAGCGCGCCGAGCCCAAGCAGUGGCAGCAGGUAACUACUACACGACGGCGUACGAGCAGCAGCGGCGGCAGUACGAGCUGCAGCAGCAGUACAACCAGCAGCGCGCCGAGCCCAAGCAGUGGCAGCAGCUACACGACGGCGUACGAGCAGCAGCGGCGGCAGUACGAGCUGCAGCAGCAGUACAACCAGCAGCGCGCCGAGCCCAAGCAGUGGCAGCAGGUAACUACUACACGACGGCGUACGAGCAGCAGCGGCGGCAGUACGAGCUGCAGCAGCAGUACAACCAGCAGCGCGCCGAGCCCAAGCAGUGGCAGCAGGAGAGCAGCGCGGCGGGCGCGGCGGGCGCGGCGGAGGGCGCGGGGCGGCACUACAGCAGCAACUGGGCCUCCGACUCCCGCGACGACGGGCAGUACCGCGACAACGAGCUGGAGGAGCAGCGCCGCGGCCCGCACUCCUUCGGCGAGGGGUACGCCUUCGCCUUCAAGGGCUGACCUCCCUCCCCGCGUCAUAGCCGCAUACUAAUACACACCUGUACCUGGU